AUCUCUUUCUUUUUAUCCAAGAAUGGAGUCCAUAGGAGCCAUUUCAGAAAGAGAAUGGAUCUCUCUCAGUGGAACAUACACAGCUGAGGAGUCUGAUUUCAUGGUCAAUUUGCUCAGUAACUAUUGUCUUCCAAAUGAGCUAAAUUCAGGUUUAAGCUUGGAAAUCCCACCUUCUUAUUGGGCUGCCAAUGAGCCAUCACCAGCAUUGGCCAUGGCAGCCAUGGAAGAACCUUCUUAUUACUCCUCAGAUGCUUCUGAUUCUUCCAAUAUCUAUGGGCUUCCACAAGGCAACAACAAUCCUUAUAGCUUGAAUGAUUCUCACCCUCUUUGGUUCCCCAAUGGUGCCUCUUUGUCCUUGGAUUUCUCCAUGGAGGAUGUCGGGAAUGACGACUCCGCUCGCUUGGACGACGACAACGGUUCGAGCCAAAAAACGAGGCAAUGCAGACUCCAACAGUCCCCUACUAACUCUGCUGUUGCUGCUGCUAUCAAUGGGAAGAGCUCUCAACCGAAAAGGAGAACCGAGGUGACAGCAGAAGAAGCUAUGAGAGACGAUGAGGUUGCGCCGACGAUUUCGAUCGACGACAACCCCAAGAAGCGUUCCCCGAGUUUGCCUGAUGUGGAGAAGACGAAGAGGAGUGUGAGAUCUCGGAAGAGCCCGAAGCUCGCUUCGGGAUCUAGCUGCAAUGAAGAGGAUCACAUUGUUAGUCCUAAUGGGCAGAGCACAAGCAGUUUCAGCUCUGAGGAUGACUGUAACGAGCCUCAAGAAAUCAAUUGUGGAGUCACUUCCAGUACAAACUCAAAAGGAUCAGCUUCUCUGACCUCAAAUGGAAAGCCAAGAGCCAGCAGAGGCUCAGCCACAGACCCUCAAAGCCUCUAUGCAAGAAAAAGGAGAGAAAGAAUCAAUGAAAGGUUGAGAAUCUUACAAAGCCUCGUUCCGAACGGCACGAAGGUUGAUAUCAGUACAAUGCUAGAAGAAGCUGUUCAAUAUGUGAAGUUUUUGCAGCUUCAAAUCAAGCUGUUGAGCUCUGAUGAUCUAUGGAUGUAUGCACCAAUCGCUUACAACGGAAUGGAUAUCGGACUUAACUCGAAGCUCAUGAAGCAAGACAAUGCAUCACAAUAGAUAGUCACAAUUUCUUGUUGUAGAAACAAAACAAAGCAAUAUAUAUAUAGAGAUACCAUUUUACCAGCUUUUGAAAUAUAACUCUCUUGACUCUCAUUCAUCUUGGGCUCAAGAGGGUAUGAUUUUAAGAAGGAAUAUGUGUAAUUUUGCUUCUUUUUAAGUUAUAUUUGGGAAGCUCAACUGAUUUGGU